AUGUUCUACCGCACAAUUCGGAUGAUCGAAAACGGUGUGAAACCAUGCUAUGUGUUCGAUGGGAAGCCACCACAUUUGAAAAGCGGAGAAUUGGAGAAGCGAAUGGAGAGACGUGCUGAAGCUGAAAAAUCACUUACUGUAGCCAAGGAAAAAGGUGACGCGGCUGCUGUUGACAAGUUUGAGCGGCGACUUGUUAAAGUGACCAAGGAGCAAAAUGAAGACGUUAAACGACUUCUUCGUCUUAUGGGAGUUCCUGUUGUGGAAGCACCAUGUGAAGCUGAAGCUCAGUGCGCUGCUCUCGUGAAGGCUAAUAAAGUUUUUGCUACCGCGACCGAGGAUAUGGAUUCGUUAACGUUUGGCUCCAAUCUCUUGCUUCGACAUAUGACAUUCUCCGAAGCGAAGAAAAUGCCGAUUAAGGAGUUUUCUCUUUCUCGCGUUCUGGAAGGUUUCGAUAUGCCCAUGGAACAGUUCGUUGAUCUCUGUAUCCUUUUGGGAUGUGACUACUGUGAAUCAAUAAGAGGAAUUGGUCCAAAGAAAGCUUUUGAGCUCAUUAAAACUUAUGGAGAUAUCGAGUCGAUACUGGAGAAUAUUGAUACCAAGAAAUACGUUCCUCCGGAGAACUGGCCGUACAAGAGCGCAAGAGAGUUGUUCUUGAAUCCAGAAGUUCUGAAUUGUGAGGACAUGAAAUUGGAGUGGAAAGAGCCUGACGUUGAUGGCAUCUUUAAGUUCAUGUGUGAGGAAAAGAAUUUCGCUGAAGAUCGUGUGCGGUCUGCAAUCGACAGGAUCAAAAAAGGCAAUAAAACGGCUACACAGGGUAGAAUCGAUCUAUUUUUCCAAGUCGCCAAGCAAGUUCGAUCAGAGCCAACGACAGCAAAAAGAAAGGCUCAAGAAGAAAAGAAAGCCCCAAAGAAGAAGGGUCCUCCCUCCAAGAAACUCAAGUAA